CAUAAACCUGAACGGUUUAAGGUUAAACUCACCACAGUGUAAAGAGGAUAAAGAGGAGAAUCAGUGCAGGAACAUGAGGAUGUAAAGACGGUGUUUUGUAGGGUCCUGACCCGGUGGUCCUGACUCUGACACCCACAGCUUGUCCCUGGGUGUCACUUCUUAAACCGGGUCAGAUUUAUUGUAGCAACGGCCCUUAGCAACGCACCGGGUCCAUGGAGACUGUCUAUGUCUGUCUCUCUCUCUGUGUGUGAAGGAAUGCGAGGCUGCACGGGUCAAAUAACAGAGAGAAAACACACCGAGGUGUAAUUAAAGCUGACUAUCUAUGAGUUUUAUGGACUUAUUUCACACACCGCUGCAGUGAGGUGAAUAUGGGAUGCGGCAGCUCCACAAACACCGACGUGGUCCACCCGUUGAGACCGGAAGAGGUGAAUGGAGACGAGGAUGAGACAGCAAGUAAACUCGAUGGUCGUGGAGACUCGGCCGUGUCAAAGGGCACCACGGACAGCGGGGUGGUGAUGGAGAACAGAGAGAUCCCUGUGUUACCUGGAGCAGUGCCCAGAAAACUCCCUCCUCUAACAUGUGUCAGAGAAAGUGAGGCUGCACAGGACGGUUUACGCCCAAAGUCCAGUGAGAUCCUGGAGGAGCUGCUGAACCAGGGCAUCAUCCCAGUGGGACAGACCAGGGAGAGGGGCAGCGGGGCUGGAGAGGCCUACAGCAUCAUGCUGGAUGACAGGGAGGGGGUCAAGCGAAGACCUCCUGCAAGACUGGAGUCCCUUAAGGCCAGGAAGGAGCAAAGUCUCCCCAGCAAAGAAGAGAUUGAGGAGAAGAUAAGACUUGCUGAGGAGAGACGCAAGUUAAAGGAGGAUGAGCUCAAGACACGUUUGAGGAACAAGUCGGCCCGUGUGCGUGGCCCUGCCCCCACCUCCAGGACCGAGGAGGACGAGGCCCUCACCCUCGUGGAGCCGCUACAGUCCCCUCUCACCCUGGACCCCGUAGAUCCACCGCCUAGCAGCCAGAUCACACGCGAGGAGGCCGAGGGCGGAGAGCGGGUGAGAGAGGCUGGAGGUGACGGCAGGGAGAGUAGAGAUAAAAUGGGCAGAGCAGACAGGAGAGACGAAGGAGGAGAGAGCGGGGAGGACAGAGAGGACGGUGCAGGGAGAAUACGUGAGCAUAAUGAUGGGAAAGAGGAGGUGGAGGAGUUGACCCAGGUGGAGGAGCUCAAGAGGGAUCAGCUCUUCGCAGGCCUAGGGGAGCUAGAGAAUGAUUCUAGCUUUCAACGUGCAGAGGACGACAGAGAGGAAAUAUUUUAAAUGAGCCAUGAAUCAGCACUAAGAGAGGAAACAGAGAGACGGGGUGGGAGCCAAAAUAAUUCCUUUUGCACAAACAAGAGGCCUGUUGAAACUUGUUAAAAGAAACAUGUAAGGAAAUGUGUACAGUCUGUAUUGUUUGGGGUGAAAUGAACAGAUGUAUUGAGCUGUGAUUGGCCCUACAGUUAAAACUGUUAUAUAUAAUAUUUCCACUGCAGGGAGGCAUAUCAGGUGUUAUAUUUUAGUUUCGUAAUAAGCACAAAGGAAUAUGAGGAUUUUUCUUUCCAAUGCAAUAUCAUUUACCUCAGCAAUGCUUUAAUACACAUGACCAAGACUUAAAGUUCUUGCCAACAUACAAAAUUAAUUUAAAUAAGAUUUUUUGUUUUCACGUUUGCAUGUGCAGGGUGUAUUCUGUGCAGUUGUUCUGUUGGACAGAAGGUGGCGCUGUUUCAGUGUGUUAAAGUUUGUAGCACAGCUCCCUGAAGCCAGUGGCCCUCAUCCAUGGGAUAAGUUACAAUGAGGAGGUUUUGGCAGCAUGUUGAAGAAGUGCCUUGUGUGAAAAGACGUGUAC